ACGCUGCGCGCGCAGGACGUUCUCAUUCAACCCUCCGCCGGACCGGACCUCGCUGUGCGCUCCGUGCGACUCGUCCGCUUUUCAGCCUGCGAAACUCUCGUCCGCCGCGAGCUCGAGUGCGCCCGGUCGCCGAGACACUCGAGGCCUCAUUCGCGCCAGCAAGCUUAAGCCGCGUUGAUGUGCAGCUCGAACGUGCGAUAGCUCUUAGAUCGCCGAUCAGGAUAGCGGAAUACCGUAAAAGUAGACUAGGGCGAAGCCACGAGGGCGCCGACGAACGACUCGCGACCGAUAUCCACCGACAACUUCGGGAUGACGUCUAAAGUGCUGAUGAAGCUACCGACAGUGCCCUUCCCUCAAGGGAAGAAAGCACCACCCGACCUGGUCUCCCUGACCGAGAGAAACGACGGAUUCGCGUACGUCAGGCAUCAGAGCCUGAACGUGGACAGGGUGAUGCAGCUGGAGCAGAACAUGAAGUUUUUGCAGGAGCAGCAUCAGGCGACCUUGGUCGCCUUGCAUCAGGAGAUAGAAUGCCUGCGUCAAAGGAAUAGAGAUCUGCAAUUUCAACUAGUAUUUUCGAAAAAAGCGCACUACGGUGCGACCAGUAGUCCCUCUUCGCCCGAGGACAACGGAAAUGGGUUUGCGAAAUCAAAGGGUAGCCCAACAAGUGUCAAUAUAACACCCUUGCAAGUGGAGCUUCUGGAGAAAGACUUGCAAGACAUUAAGGUGUCGUUACAAGAGGCGAAAACACAUAACCAGUAUUUAUCGAGCAUUAUAGAGCAGCAAAAAAAGAGGUUGGACGUAACGGAAGAGCAGAAGAACAAAAUCGAAGUGGCAGACGUGGGGAUUCAGGUCGGGGAUCCCGUGCAGGCGAGCCUGGUUGUGUUGCUGGAGGAGUCGUACGCGAUGGUGAAGCGGUUACACAAGGAGAAUAUGGAUCAGAAGAAGGAGAUAGCCUCGCUGAAGGCGGCUUCUUCGGCGAACAACGCCGGCUCCAGCAGAGGCGGGCGCUCCCGCGACAACACCCAUUACAACCGCGGCUCGCCCACGAACACGACGCAGGAACAGAAUUCUCGUAAAUUUCCACCAUUACCAAUACCGAGUUACUGGCAUCGUAGAUCACCGAGGUACAGCACAAAUCGGCACGAGAAGCAAGAUCAUCAGACGGACACGGACUCGACCGUUUUGCCGCAACUCCAGAACGGCAGCGUGAAGUCGGCGGAAGCGGCCAGUUUCGAAUCGCCGUCUUAUCGGUCGCGCGAGUACCGCAAUUACGGCCGUGACGGCAGCAAUCGCAAGUACAGGGGUCAGACCUCGCGGAGAGACAGUAAUCAUUAUUACCACUCGCGCGAAUUCAAAGACAGAAAUUCCAAGGAUCAUCCGAGGGACAUGAACGACACCGGCGAGGGUUCGAAGGACGCGGAUAAUCCUCGAAGACAGUAGAUUCGCGAGAUACGCCGAUUUCCGAUUGCGUUAAAGAUGGUGCGAUCCGCAUUGAUGUUUUCAACACAUGAGAAUUUCGAUACUGUACCAGCUAUAAGACUUACCAAUAACGAGUGAUCAAUGUUUCCUUCACUGGUGCUGAUCAAUCACGACAGUCUCGUGCAUAUGUAGCAUGUAAUAGGAUAGCGACGACGAAUGGGUAUAAACUGUACGAUUUUCGAUGGAACAAUCUAGUCUGUAUGCUAAUUUUACUCGUUAUAGGCUGCCAUCAUAAAGGGACGUAGGAACUCGCGCUUUGUAGAUUGACGAUAAUCAGCAGAGUGUUUAGCGGAAGACUUUUUGCUAGGCGAGAGAAGGACUUUUUUUUUCUUCCCGCAGAAACGAGAGAAGACGACCAAGAGCUCACUAUAAGUGCUAGCUUUUCGGCUGAUGCUCGUAACUUGACAGACUUGAGCUUAAUAUGCGUGCAAUAAUCCGAUAUGCUGUUGACGCAUCUGUGUACGUGUAUUAAACUUUUAAUCAAUAAUGAAGCAUUAAAGGGUCGCUUCUGAGAGUCAAAUCUAGUCAUUUUCACUCUAUUGAAACGACAAAUCGUUGAACGAUUUAGCAUUAUAUACAUAUAGAUAUAUAUAAUACAUAUACAAAUAUAUAUACAUAUAAAUAUGUAUAUAUAUUUAUUUUUUUUAUUGGUUUUCUGUAUAUUACGGUCUUGGCCAAAAUUGUGACACUCUCAUAAUCAUUGCACUGUACUGAAUACCAGGAGAGAUUACUAUUGUUUAAAAGUUGUUUACAGAAACAACGGAUGCACUAGUCUUCCCCGGUACUUAGCGCAGAUUCAGUAUAAUAAAGUAUAAUGAGAGUGUCUUACAAUUUUGGCCGAGGCUGUACAUUUGAUCUAUAUUGUUAAUGUAUCUUGUUACGUGCAACGCGUCGCAUUUCACCAAAUCCAAGUUAUAUUUUAUUUCCGAUACUGUUGACAACCCGAGAUUAUUGUCUUGUAAGAAUAAGACGAUGUAUCGCGCGAAUCUAUUACAUUUAAGUUUGAUUCUCUUCUUCAUCGAGUGUCUUUAUUGACUUUUUCUUGGACUAUUUUCAGCUGUGAAAACAUUUCAAGAUUAUUGGACUUGUCCGCAUUAGGCAAAGAUUUUCGUCAUUUCCACUUGUGUAACCGAUUCCUGAUUUUUAAGAAUAGCAGAAUGUAUGUAGUAUUGUUAAAAUUUUUCAUUUUAGGGGAAUUCGCAGAUACCCUGCGGAAUAACAUGGAAAAAAUUUUGCCACAUUAAUCGGAUUAUAAUACAAAAGUGUACUUUAUAAUUACAUAAAAUCUCUUGUACGCUUAUGAAUGGAUGAAUUAUCAAAAUAAUAUAAUAUCAUAACAACCA